GUUUCGCCUUCAUUCCGCUCGCCGACCUCGAGCUCAUCGCCAUCGACGUCUGUGACACCUGCGGUCUUCCCUCUCCGGUCUCUGACCACGCCCACCACGCUCUUUUACAACACAUUCGUUUUCGGAUUCGUACCGCUCUCGCCCGACUUCACACUCGGGCCUUGAGCGACAUUACAAGUACAUUUAUAGAUCACAGCGUAGAGUUCUCUCCAUUUCUUGGUUAGCAUUUGUACAAUGCGUCGCUCUGGUGCUCCGCGUCUUCACCGCUUGCCACAGCGUCUGGACUAUGCACUGAUCCCGGCCCCGCUUGACUUGUCCAAGCCCCUGGUAGACGAGAAAUCUCCCCUACCGGCCAUUAUUGUGACACCAUCGUCUCCUUCACACGAUGGUGACUUCGCCAUCGCGUUCUUGAUGCCUCCGCCCAAGCCCUCGACGUGGCAGCGAAUGGUCGACUCGCUUCCCACCAUUCCGCGCCUCCCGUCCCAAAUCCAGCUUCCGCCGUCUCCCAAGCCGGAGUACGAGCGUGUCGGGUCGUGCAAGACGCGUGCGCGCGCUACCGUCCUACUUCUGCUGCUCCUGUUCAUCAUGGUCUGCCAUGAUCGUCCGCGCAUGGAGUUCAGCACGAUCCACGACAGUCCGCUGGACACUGCCACUCCCGCCUUCGGUGGGUGGUUUGACCUGAAUGCACUCUGGGCACCCACAAUGGCGAUGCAAAGCGGACGCCCGACUUCAUUAGCAGUGCUAUGUCAUGUAUCGCUACCCGCUGGCUUAUAUCAUCGGUGGUUUCGCGCUCAAUCAGUCCUCCCGCUUGGGCAUUCGAACUCACAUGGUCAUUCUUGUGGUAA